AUGCCGGCCGUAAUGCAGUUGGGAGAUGCUGUGACGCGUAUGCUGGCAAAGACAGCCAGCGCACCGUCCGACGACGACUGCAGCUACCACUUACAACUUCGAGGUGGACCUGGAUCAACUUCACACAAGUACGGAGUAGAUUUAGCGGCCUCCCAUCCGAUGAUGCAGGAACGGAAGUCGUAUGCCAAAGGCAGCUGUAACGACGUCCGAGGCUUGCCACCUCCCGUUCUGAAGUUGUCGCAGACGCGUGUCGGACGCUCGACGCGUGCCCAAAUGCUCUCUAAACCACGAUGGAGCACGUCGGUCCUAGCGGAAGAAUACGAGAAGCCGAGUAGACGGCGUCGGACUGUUGAUACUAGAAAUAGAGGUGCGGGAGAUGAUAGAGAUAGUGAAGCUAGUGUAGAAGUAGAAGAAGAUGUCGAAGAUGAAGAUGGAGGAGGUCGACGAGAGGCCUUGAGUGUAGAAGAUGGCACAUCUGUGGCUACGCUUCUUGUCGGAAGAAGAAAUGGUAGAAGCGGUAUCGACGAAAUGGGUGAGGAAGAUGAUUCGUCGGCACGCCUGGGAAACCGUGGCAUUUCCAAGGACGUUUUUGCACAGCAUAGGAGGGAAGAGUUGCGUAGUCGUGAGGAGUCAGGAGUAAGUCGUCGUGGUUCGGUGAUUGCCGUAGAUCGCACGCAGUUGACGCAGAGCGGUGCAGCACCCCACUCUUGGACCUACUCUUCGGCUGGAAGUAGGCAAACGUCCCCUGUGAAACAACUACAUCAGCAGGGAAGUGCUACUAAAGCUUCGUCUUCUACCAGUACUGAAGGAAGAACUAGCAGGCCUGCCCCUAGACCAGGAGAUUCUAAGGAUACUCUUUCGUCCGACAAAAAUGCAGCAAAUGAUACAACUACUGCGUUCCCCGAACCAGAUUUCUAUGGUGAUGUCACGUUCGACCUUGUGCAACACUGCGGAGCGAAGGGAUUGCGUGAUCGCUUUCAGCGCGAGUUGGUUUUAACCAAAGACAUGAGAAAUCCGGUCCGAAUAGACCUACAAGAAGACAGGCAGCUGCACACCAACGUGCUCAGUCGCAAGGAGGAGGCUGUGCGGAAAAGCUACCGAAAACCCUGGGAGGUGGACAAAAACUACUUCGAGAAGAAAAUUGAAGCUAUUGGAGAAGGGAGAGAAGUAGAGGACGAUGAAAGAGACUCUGCUACUGCUUCUACAGAUGCUUAUCGGUAUAGGCAAGGGAAAGACUAUUCAACAACGAGGGAUUCAGAGAAGAAGAACAACAUCAAAGUAGGACCACCAUCAAGAAGACCCACAGUUGCGGAACAUCAAGCCCAGAUGAAUAGCAGUGCCGCUUCGUCGCUUUCAACAUCAACAACUUCAGGAGUUGACAAUGUAGACAUCAAAAGUUCCGAAAAUAGUGGUAGGAUGAGCGUGAAGGAAAAACGGCUUAUGCUAAAUCGUCAGAGUGAGCAGUCUGUCCUUGUUGAGGCAUCUCCGGAGAACGCAGUAACGCUGCGAAAGAGGAUGCGUGAGAAAAUGGUUGCGAACGAAUUGGCCGGCGAGAGCGUAGCUUUGAGGGAAAUGCGUGCGAAGGGCAUGUUUUCAGAUUUGAAGUUAGCCUAUAAUCCACUUGCUGGGCUGGUUCCCGAGAAAGAGGACAAGAAGCAUGCCGACGAAGACGAUGCCGAAGACCAUUCAGCGAGCCCACCGCGAUCACAGAAACGAAGAGCAGUCACAGUGUCAAGUCAGAAGAUGAUAGGUGAACCCGCGACCACGGGUGCAGCGGCUGGUGGCAGAGCAGGCGAUCGUGAUACCAAAUUGUUGUCGGAAGGCCGAAGCAAGAAGGUAGCAGGGCCUUCAUCAGCACCAGGUCCACCUCUUCCGCCUUUGCCUCGAAGUAUUGUGGAAGAGGAGCAGAGUUCUGAAGCGGAGGUGGAUCAUUUUAGCAUUGGCGCCACUUGCUCAGAUUCGUUUGUGCCGCACCCGACUCAGAUUCGUGGCGUCAACGCUGCUAUUGUGCGGUCUCUUCAAAGUCAGGGCCUCGAUACUGACGCGCAUCCCCUUGCGGGCUUGAACGUGCAAGGGUACGGCAGGAGAAGCCAGUGCUCUUCGGAUGAUGAGUAUGAAGAGCGAGAUCCUGAUCGAGGUACAGGAGGAGCUGCCGGUACAAACAGUGACUCACCUUCAGCGGCCUCCUCGACGUACAAAUUUACAACGCCCAAUUUCACGAAUCGUGGAAAACAGGCACCGUUAGGUGUGCCACUACACCCGCAACCACCAACGGGAAUUUCAUUCACAAGUACGACAACGCGCUUUCCUAAGAAAACAACCCUUUUUAGCCGUACAACAGGAACUGCGGGAAUCAGAAGUGAGGAGGAAAACGAUCCCUCGUCGCCUCUCCGACUGCAAACUGACGUGUUGGGUAUUGUUAUUGAUGCGUCUAGCAAUUAUACAGCACCAACAGGUGGCCAAGUAGGGUCUGCACAAACACUAGCACACGACCAGGAAGAAGAUGGUACUGCAACUGCAUCAAGUAGUAGCAUGGCCGGAGAGUCAGGAGUAGAACAGACACCAUCAGGGCAGACACAGAAGUCGUCUGUCGAACGCGCUGCGCCAAAGGCUGCAGAAGGAAGUUCGUCACAACCUAGUGGUCCCAUAAAAGAGGACCGAUUACCCGGCGAAGAUGCUGCAGUGAGCGACGCACAACAAAGCGGUACUGCGGCAAUCCAGGCUCAGGAAGAGGAACUAGUUUUUAAUCCGAACUACAUGGAUCAAUUUGCGGGACACAGAAGAUCUUUACCUCCGGGACACCUGCCGCAGAAUCAACUGGAUGCGGUCAAGGAAGAAGAGGGGCAUAGACAUGCUCCAGCUUCUCCGGAGAAGAUAAAGCAGCAAGAAAAUUUCAUGUUUUACACCGGGAGCAUGGAUCAUGCAGCUGCAGUGGGCCACGACGAUUCCGGAAAAUAUGCGUCGCAAGAAGAAGAAAUGGAGUUAGUCGUGGCUGGCAGGCAGCUGGACGAGGGAAGCCGAAUCGUCGCCAGUGGUUGGGCCUCUGAUAUCCGUCAGAAUUUACUGGACGAGCAGCAGGGCUCUGUAGAUCCAUCAUACGAGGUGAGCGACCCCACACGCCAGCGCAUCUUAUCGGGAACUGGCGGAGUUGACGGUCAUCUUCACAUGAAGAAUAAUCAAACGAGUAAGAGAGAGAUCCCUACGAAGAAAAAGACAAAGAGUGGUAAGAAGACUAAAAAGGAUAAUGCAGUAGACGAUUCCUUUCUAGAUCGACUCGCCGAAACGAGAAGGCAAGAAAAAAGCUCGAUAUUGCUGCGUAACACUGAGGAGGAACGCCAGGCUGUCCUAUUUUUCGCAGACCAGGUGGCGGGUGCAGCUUCGUCGUCUAGUGCUUCAUCUGGUAUAGACAAUAGCGGCGGAGGUGGAGGAGGAGGACUUUUCGCCAUGCAGAAAGCGAUAAACUAUCAGAGGCAUUUAGUACAAAUGCGGUAUCAGGACGAAAACGCCGCUGCCGAGCGAUUGCUUCCAUCGACGUCGAUCACAGGCGCUGCCCUAGAAACCGGACGGAGUGCGCCACCUGGCCCACCUCCAAGUCAAGCGGCCCUAUCUACUCCUAUGCACCGGAACCAAGGCACAAAUGACAGUAUGCCUGCUCAAGCAGUAGGUAACUUCGGUGUGCCAGGUUUGAAUUCCGCAAGGCAGCAGGCCCCUUCCGUUUUCGCGGGCAGUCCAGCAGCGACAAGCAAUUCUGAGCUUAUAUCAGUACGGAGCAAGAACGAUACUGCGGCACCAGGUCUCCAUCAGGUAGAGCAUCAGGAGAGUGGUUCGACGCGGGAGCGCUUCUGGGUGGAUCGUGACCGCGUUGCGGCAGAUCAUCGCGAACGCAACAGCAACAGGAGACACCAGGGCAACGUGAUCAAUAAACCUGGUGGCGAUCUCGACGUAGAACCUGAGCCGGAGAGAGCUGCGACGCCACCUGCUGCUAAACGACCUGCACCACCAUCCGGCGUCGGGAUGCCGUUAGCGUCGACUCGCCCAUUACGAAGCGACGAUAUCGGCCGGUCUGAUACUGCGACAAAUCGACCUAGAGGCGACAGUCUCAGUUCGCUCCUGCAUGUUUCGGGUGACCAAAUAAUAAACAACACCCAGAGGAGCCUGAGCCAGAACAAAGUGAGCUUUCUUCCAGAACCUAUCAUGGCUCAAGAUCCACAUGUAAGUGGAGGUGAAUCAUCUGCUGUCACAGGAGCAUCAACUUACUCCUCCGCAUCGCGACGGGCCAGCAGUGUGGAGAACGUAGAACCGCCUGGUGGUCUCAAGUCACGAUUUCGGCACACCGGAAUCGACAUAGUGAGAGGCGCUCGGUCGAGCUCUACUGGUGGCAUAUUUCCUGCCGAGCAGAACUAUAACAGCACUGUUAAAGGAAAAGGUAUGACCACGAGCACGACAUCAACUUCCUUCUGCACCAAUCCUGGUGCAAAUGCACCCAGCAGAGUAAAUAAACCUACAGCUACAAGAACAUCUAGUACUUCAUCUUCUUCUUCUACUACAACGCCUGACCUCCACUCAACAUCUGCGAGUGCGAGUGGGAAGCGCUUAAGCCUCCGGCAAGAGCGGCAUAAGCGAUUGGAUAAGCCUUUUUUCACUAUUGAAGACGUGGAUAUCACGGCAAAAUUUCUGAAGACUCGCUGGGAUGACCAUCUCGUCAACAAAAUGAAAUCCAUGCUUGAACAGGACUACGUUCGCCAGGAUCAAAAGCCAAACGCUAGUGGUGGUGCAUCAAAUAUUGGCGCAGGCGGAAGAGGAACAAAUCAUGAUGCUGCCAGAGAUGGAACAAAUACGUCAGGAGCAAACGAUGAUAAAAAUGCUGAGAACAAUAAAGAGUGCAUCCUUUGUUACAACGCGCCGAAAGACACGUUACUGGCUCCCUGCGGGCAUGUCUGCGCUUGCAUAGAUUGCGCAGAAGAACUACUCACGAAAAAGCAUAAUUGCCCGAUAUGCAGAGGUUACAUCAACGACAUUUUUCGGGUUUACGAUAGCUAGAUCUAUGUCUCUCAUGUGAACAGAACAUCUGUCUCAAUCAUAAAAUGCACCUCAGCUACAUCAACAUUUUCAGAUACAAGCACACGACCAAAAAGUAUAUCAUGACCACAGUCAUGAUCGGCCAAUCUUAAAUGUGACCACCUUUUUUUCAUUAUAUUUUUUGAUUUGAUUUUUCGCAGUGCACGACAGCAACAUGGAAUUUAUUCUCAUUGAUUGAUGAUUACAUGCCUAUUCCUAAGGUUCAUCCACAACAAUAUGAUAUAAAAUUUACGAUUUCAUCUUGAGUCAUUUUUCUCACAUAUUGACAUCGUAAUUUCAGGCUGGUAGGUAUUCUUCUUGUUGAUUUAUAGUCCCGUCGAUCCCCGUCCCUCAAUACGAUGUAUCGCAGUGUGAUCAUUUAAUCAUCUCUUGUGAGUCUCCGAAAUCAUCUUCUUGUAGAAGUUGAUCGAAAGUAGUUCCAAUUAGUAAAAAUGGGACACCUUUUGUUUUCCCUCAUAGUGUGUUCUGCGAUGAUGCGAAAUACGAUGAUCUUCUAUGUGUGAAACCAAAAGGUAGCUUAUCUGCGUGAGUGUACCUCCAUUUCCCCGAUGACAUCAAGAAUUAGACUUAGAGGUAGAGAAAAUAUGGAAAUGGAUGUACGUCAUGGUCGGCUACGUGCC